AUGGAUGGUGCAGAUGUUACUUCAGAACAUACUUCACCAAUAGAGUUGGAAAAUAAGCAAAAAGAUUGCAAUGAGUGUCUAUCAAGUACACCACUUACAGGUAUUGAAUUCAACUAUAUGCCGUUGAAAUACCACCACCACCACCACCACCACCACCACCACCACCACCUAUGGUUGCACUGCAACGAGAAGGCGGCAACGAGAAGGCGGCAACGAGAAGGCGGCAACGAGAAGGCGGCAACGAGAAGGCGGCAACGAGAAGGCGGCAACGAGAAGGCGGCAACGAGAAGGCGGCAACGAGAAGGCGGCAACGAGAAGGCGGCAACGAGAAGGCGGCAACGAGAAGGCGGCAACGAGAAGGCGGCAACGAGAAGGCGGCAACGAGAAGGCGGCAACGAGAAGGCGGCAACGAGAAGGCGGCAACGAGAAGGCGGCAACGAGAAGGCGGCAACGAGAAGGCGGCAACGAGAAGGCGGCAACGAGAAGGCGGCAACGAGAAGGCGGCAACGAGAAGGCGGCAACGAGAAGGCGGCAACGAGAAGGCGGCAACGAGAAGGCGGCAACGAGAAGGCGGCAACGAGAAGGCGGCAACGAGAAGGCGGCAACGAGAAGGCGGCAACGAGAAGGCGGCAACGAGAAGGCGGCAACGAGAAGGCGGCAACGAGAAGGCGGCAACGAGAAGGCGGCAACGAGAAGGCGGCAACGAGAAGGCGGCAACGAGAAGGCGGCAACGAGAAGGCGGCAACGAGAAGGCGGCAACGAGAAGGCGGCAACGAGAAGGCGGCAACGAGAAGGCGGCAACGAGAAGGCGGCAACGAGAAGGCGGCAACGAGAAGGCGGCAACGAGAAGGCGGCAACGAGAAGGCGGCAACGAGAAGGCGGCAACGAGAAGGCGGCAACGAGAAGGCGGCAACGAGAAGGCGGCAACGAGAAGGCGGCAACGAGAAGGCGGCAACGAGAAGGCGGCAACGAGAAGGCGGCAACGAGAAGGCGGCAACGAGAAGGCGGCAACGAGAAGGCGGCAACGAGAAGGCGGCAACGAGAAGGCGGCAACGAGAAGGCGGCAACGAGAAGGCGGCAACGAGAAGGCGGCAACGAGAAGGCGGCAACGAGAAGGCGGCAACGAGAAGGCGGCAACGAGAAGGCGGCAACGAGAAGGCGGCAACGAGAAGGCGGCAACGAGAAGGCGGCAACGAGAAGGCGGCAACGAGAAGGCGGCAACGAGAAGGCGGCAACGAGAAGGCGGCAACGAGAAGGCGGCAACGAGAAGGCGGCAACGAGAAGGCGGCAACGAGAAGGCGGCAACGAGAAGGCGGCAACGAGAAGGCGGCAACGAGAAGGCGGCAACGAGAAGGCGGCAACGAGAAGGCGGCAACGAGAAGGCGGCAACGAGAAGGCGGCAACGAGAAGGCGGCAACGAGAAGGCGGCAACGAGAAGGCGGCAACGAGAAGGCGGCAACGAGAAGGCGGCAACGAGAAGGCGGCAACGAGAAGGCGGCAACGAGAAGGCGGCAACGAGAAGGCGGCAACGAGAAGGCGGCAACGAGAAGGCGGCAACGAGAAGGCGGCAACGAGAAGGCGGCAACGAGAAGGCGGCAACGAGAAGGCGGCAACGAGAAGGCGGCAACGAGAAGGCGGCAACGAGAAGAAGGCAACGAGAAGAAGGCAACGAGAAGGCGGCAACGAGAAGAAGGCAACGAGAAGAAGGCAACGAGAAGAAGGCAACGAGAAGAAGGCAACGAGAAGAAGGCAACGAGAAGAAGGCAACGAGAAGAAGGCAACGAGAAGAAGGCAACGAGAAGAAGGCAACGAGAAGAAGGCAACGAGAAGAAGGCAACGAGAAGAAGGCAACGAGAAGAAGGCAACGAGAAGAAGGCAACGAGAAGAAGGCAACGAGAAGAAGGCAACGAGAAGAAGGCAACGAGAAGAAGGCAACGGAAAGAGUAA